UGGGGAGGGGGCUGGAUGCGCGCGCACCCGGGGGGAGGCCGCUGCUGCCCGGAGCAGGAGGAGGGGGAGAGCGCGGCGGGCGGCAGCGGCGCUGGCGGCGACUCCGCCAUAGAGCAGGGGGGCCAGGGCGCGGGGCCGGGGCCCAGGGGACCCCGGGCCACGGAGAGCGGGAAAAGGAUGGACUGCCCGGCCCUCCCCCCCGGAUGGAAGAAGGAGGAAGUGAUCCGAAAAUCUGGGCUCAGUGCCGGCAAGAGCGAUGUCUACUACUUCAGUCCAAGUGGUAAGAAGUUCAGAAGCAAACCUCAGUUGGCAAGGUACCUGGGAAAUACUGUUGAUCUCAGCAGUUUUGACUUCAGAACUGGAAAGAUGAUGCCUAGUAAAUUACAGAAGAACAAACAGAGACUGCGGAAUGAUCCUCUCAAUCAAAAUAAGGGUAAACCAGACUUGAAUACAACAUUGCCAAUUAGACAAACAGCAUCAAUUUUCAAACAACCCGUAACCAAAGUAACAAAUCAUCCUAGUAAUAAAGUGAAAUCAGACCCACAACGAAUGAAUGAACAGCCACGUCAGCUUUUCUGGGAGAAGAGGCUACAAGGACUUAGUGCAUCAGAUGUAACAGAACAAAUUAUAAAAACCAUGGAACUACCUAAAGGUCUUCAAGGAGUUGGUCCAGGUAGUAAUGACGAGACCCUUUUAUCUGCUGUUGCCAGCGCUUUGCACACAAGCUCCGCACCAAUUACAGGGCAAGUCUCCGCUGCUGUGGAAAAGAACCCCGCUGUUUGGCUUAACACAUCUCAACCCCUCUGCAAAGCUUUCAUUGUCACAGAUGAAGACAUUAGGAAACAGGAAGAGCGAGUACAACAAGUGCGUAAGAAACUGGAAGAAGCUCUGAUGGCAGACAUCUUGUCACGAGCUGCUGAUACAGAAGAGAUGGAUCUUGAAAUGGACAGUGGAGAUGAAGCCUAAGAAUAUGAUCAGGUAACUUUCGACUGACUUUCCCCAAGAGCAAAUUCCUAGAAAUUCAACAAAAAUGUUUCCACUGGGUUUGCUUUGUAAGAAAAAAUGAACCCGAACAUAUAGAGCUUUUUAAUAGCACUAACCAAUGCCUUUUUAGAUGUAUUUUUGAUGUAUAUAUCUAUUAUUCAAAAAAAAAAUGAUGUUUAUUUUGAGUCCAAGGACUUAAAAGUAGUCUUUUUUAAUAUCAAGCAGAACCCUUCAAAUGAAGCUGAGCUUUUGAUGCUAGGUGCAAUCUACUAGAAAAGCAGCACUUACAUGAAAUAUUUGUUUCCCGCCCCCCCGGUUUUAAUAUGAAUGGAUCAGGAGCACCAAAUAAAUUUCCCAAUUAAAGAUUAUUGUGACUUCACUGUAUAUAAACAGAUUUUUAUACUUCUAUUGAAAGAGGACACCUGUACAUUCUUCCAUCAUCACUGUAAAGACAAAUAAAUGAUUAUAUUCACAGAC